UUGUACUAGGCCCGUAUCGGCUAUAAGCGAGUAAAGACAGCGAGGUAGUUGGACACGGGAAUUAGUACGAUCUCACAUCACAGUUAGUGCUCGGCGUAUACAGACCCAACAUUAAUCUCUUUCCUCCCUUCGCUUUCGAGAGUCUGCAUUCUCCGUGUCAGACGGGACGCACCGAGGCACGUUUUAACGUACUCGGUACUAAAUAUUCCCCGGUGCAAUUUGUAUCUCGUGCUCGUAGAAAUUAGAAGAAACUUUUACCAGUUAGAACCGUCAAAGUGUUGAUACUUCGUAGCUGAAUAAUGGAGAUUUGUAACGAGGAGGAUCGACUGUACAACAUACCACGUGAAAAAUCAUCAUGCCUCAUUGAGAACACGGAGAAACUUCGACGAGAAAAAGUUUCUACCCUCCGGGAACUUAUAGAUGCACUACAUGAGGCUUUUCAAACGGAUCACGUAAAUAUCGAUUGCGUUCAGGACCUGAUGACGAGCUACAAAAGCAAUCCUGUGGAGUGGAAGAAGUUUGCCAAGUUCGAUAGAUACAGAUAUACAAGAAAUCUAGUUGAUGAAGGAAACGGUAGGUUCAACCUUAUGGUCUUGUGUUGGGGGGAAGGUCAUGGAUCAGCCAUACAUGAUCACGCCAACGCGCACUGCGUGAUGAAAGUCCUGCAAGGAAAACUAUGCGAGACUAGAUACGCAUGGCCCGAAAAGUUCAAAAUGGAAGAAGAUGUGGAAGAGCUCAAAGAACUGGAAAGGAAUACGCUUGAUACAAACGAGAUAUGUUACAUCAAUGAUUCGUUAGGUUUGCAUCGUGUCGAAAAUCCAAGUGCGAUGAAUCCUGCAGUCUCUCUACAUUUAUAUUCGCCACCAUUCUCAACAUGCUCAGUUUUCAACAAGCAAACUGGACAAAAGUCUAUGUGUAAAGUCACGUUCUGGUCCAAAUAUGGAGAACGAAGAAACCGGGAAAUUCAAGAUGCCAGAUCUCCAGAGGAUAACUAGUGUAACGAUAAAUAAGAACGCAGAGAUAUCAUCAACAAUAUGCCAAUUAAAUGCUGAUGAUAUCCUAAUUAAACACAGAAAUGAUUUUUAUUGUCUGAUAAUGAAACUCGCCACCUAUAUAUAUAUAUAUAAUAAUUUGUGUAUAAAUUAAAAUAGAUAUGAACUGUUACAAUACAUUUGUAUGCCAUUUUCGUUAUGUAAUCAUUUUUAAGUACUUAAAACUACUUAUAAGAAUAUGUAGAUAUUUUUAAAUAAAAAUAGCUAUAUGUUUUCUUCACAUUUUUUGUAUCUUAUUUUUUUAGGUAAAAAUAAGUUAUGAAUUGCUAUUAAACUAUAGAUAAAUUAUAAAUAUGUAUCAAAUAAAAGAAAAAGAUGUAU